UCACCAUUCACUCGUUUAGGUGUAAACUUCGUACGUGUAAUAGGAGAAAUGGCAAGAACUAAGCAGACAGCUCGUAAGUCUACCGGUGGCAAAGCUCCCCGAAAACAGCUUGCCACUAAAGCAGCUCGUAAGAGUGCUCCUGCUACUGGUGGUGUGAAGAAACCUCACCGUUAUAGGCCUGGUACGGUAGCUUUGCGUGAGAUUCGUCGCUACCAGAAGUCCACCGAGCUGCUUAUCCGCAAGCUACCUUUUCAAAGACUGGUGAGGGAAAUCGCCCAGGAUUUCAAGACUGAUCUCCGUUUCCAGAGCUCCGCCGUUAUGGCGCUGCAGGAGGCCAGUGAGGCUUACUUGGUUGGUCUGUUCGAAGACACCAACUUGUGUGCUAUCCACGCCAAGAGGGUGACGAUAAUGCCUAAGGACAUUCAGCUGGCUCGUCGUAUUCGUGGAGAACGCGCUUAAGUAUAUAAAUUUAAACGGUAUACGUGGAAACGAAAAAGGCUCUUUUCAGAGCCGCCAAAA